GUCAUCGACGCCAGCCCGCUCGCGCGUUUUCUGAGGUGAUUUGAACAGCAGAGCAGUGAGUUUCGUGUUUACUAUAAAAUACACUUUAUAGUUUAAAAAAAAAACAUUUUCAGAGGGUCAUUUCUGUGUUGUCCAUCGGACACAGUGCUAUUUCGUUUUCGUUUCUGGUGUUUGCUGGCUGAACAGGCUGUAUAGAAGACAGUCAAGCCAAGGAAUCGAGCAUGUGAGGAACGUAAAAUCAAAGACUGACUAACGUUACUUGGCAGAUCUGCUGUUCCUACAACAGAACUUGAAGCUCCUCCCACAGCAGCUCACCAAUAUAUGCUGGAAGAUUCCCAUCAGUCUACAAGUGAAGAAGACAGAGCUGAACAGUGAGAACAUGAGUGAUCCAGAGUCCUGCAGAAUGGAUCAUGAAGAUACUGAAGAACAAAGAGACUUAAUGGAACAGAAUGAGGAGAGUGAAAAACAGAGCAAAGGAGAUGGGAAUCAUCAUGUUAAAACUGUAGAAAAAUCAUUGAGGAGGGCCAAAAAUUCUUUCCCUCAGUUUGGAAACAAAUUCAGACACAAAAAAAGUACUAAACUUCACCUGACCGUUCAUAGUAGAGAGAAGCCACACACGUGUGAUCAGUGUGGGAAGAGUUGCAGACUAAAAAGCAAUCUUAGGACACACAUGAAAAUCCACACUGGAGAGAGGCCGUACAAAUGUGAUCAGUGUGGAAAGAGUUACAUACAAGAAGGAAACCUUAAGAAUCACUUAAAAAUCCACACAGGAGAGAAGCCUUUUACAUGUGAUCAAUGUGGGAAGAGUUUCGCACAAAAAGGAACCCUGAAGAGACACAUGAUAAUCCACACUGGAGAGAGGCCGUACACAUGUGAUCAAUGUGGGAUGAGUUUUGCACACAAAUCAGUCCUCAAUGGACAUAUGAAAAUGCACACUGGAGAAAAGCCGCACACAUGUGAUAAGUGUGGUAAAAGAUUUGCACAAAAAUGUAACCUGAAGAAACACAUGAUAAUCCACACAGGAGAGAAACCGCACAUCUGUGAUCAAUGUGGGAAGAGUUUCACUCAAAAACAAACCCUCAAAGAACACAUUAGGAUCCACACCGGAGAGAAACCAUACCCAUGUGAUCAGUGUGGGAGGAGUUAUGGACAUAAAGAACACCUUAAGAUACACAUGAAAACCCACACUGGAGAGAAGCCGUACACAUGUGAUCAGUGCUGGAAGAGUUUUGCACAAAAAGGACACCUCAAGGGACACAUGAGGAUCCACACUGGAGAGAAGCCGUACACAUGUGAUCAAUGUGGGAAGAGUUUUGCACAAAAAGGACAAGUUAAGUCACACAUGAAAAUCCACACUGGAGAGAAGCCGUACACAUGUGAUCAGUGCGGGAAGAGUUUCACACAUGCAAACAGUUUUAAAUUACAUCUGCAUUCUCACUCGGGAGAAAAAACACAAUUUUACUGUGAUCAGUGUGGGAAAACUUAUUGUUCUGCAUCAUCCCUAAGGGUCCACCUGAAAGUUCAUUCAAAAGAAAAGCCUCACAUGUGUUCUUUGUGUGGAAAGAGUUUUAGUCUACUGAGUGGCUUAAAAAUACACCAGAAAAGACACAGUCGAGUAAAGAAUCAUAUGUGCUUUGAUUGUGGGAAGACCUUUGUUAUUUAUGCUGAAUUGAAAUGGCACCGGAGAACUCACACUGGAGAAAAUCCUUACAAGUGUUCACACUGUGACAAGAGAUUUUAUCAGCCAGGAUCUCUUAAAGCUCAUGAGAGGAUCCACACUGGAGAGAAGCCGCACACAUGUGAUCAGUGUGGGAAGAGUUUCACACAAAAAAGUACCCUCAAAGUUCACAUGAAAAUCCACACUGGAGAGAAGCCGUACACAUGUGAUCACUGUGGGAAGAGUUUUGCACAAAAAGCAGGCCUUACGGAACACAUGAAAAUCCACACUGGAGAGAGGCCGUACACAUGUGAUCAAUGCAGGAAGAGUUUUAUACAAAAAUCAUCCCUCAAUGAACACAUGAAAAUCCACUCUGGAAUGAAGCCGCACACAUGUGAUCAAUGUGGGAAGAGUUUCACACAAAAAUCAGCCCUCAAUGAACACAUGAAAAUCCACUCUGGAGUGAAGCCGCACACAUGUGAUCAAUGUGGGAAGAGUUUUACACAUGCAAACACUCUUAAAUUACACCUGCGUUUUCAUUCUGGAGAAAGACCAUAUAACUGUGACCAGUGCGGGAAAGCUUGUUUUACAACAUCAAACCUAAAGGUCCACAUGAAAGUUCACACAAAGGAGAAGCCUUACACGUGUUCUUUGUGUGGAAAGAGUUUUAGUCAGCUGGGAGGUUUAAAAGUACAUCAGCAAAGACACAAUGGUGUGAAGAAUCAUAUGUGCUUUGAUUGUGGGAAGACCUUUGUUACAGAUGCUGCACUGAAAGUACACCAGAAAAUUCACACUGAACAAAAAGCUUCCAAGUAAUCACACUACGACAAGAGAUUUGAUCAGUCAAGACCUCUGAAAACACAUGAGAGGAUCCACACUGGAGAGAAGCCACACACAUGUGAUCAGUGUGGGAAGAGCUUCACAUAAAAAGGAUACCUUAAGAUUCACUGGAAAAUCCACAGUAGAGACAGACCACAUGAUGUACUCAUGUAAGCACUCUUAAGUUACAUCUGCAUUCUCACUGUGAACAAAAUCCAUUUAACUGUGAUCCAAAUAGAAAAGAUUUUUUGGGUAUUAUCCCUGAAGAACCAUGUGAAAACGUUUGUACAAAGGUGAAGCCUUGUUUUUUUUCUCUGAUCUUCCUGUGUGAAACUGUGAAUGUUUACAUGUCUUUAGUUCUCAUAGGUGCUAUCCCAAAUAAACCAUUUGGGAUACUGCUAUCUUUAGUAUUAUCUAUUAUCUUUAAGAUUAUCUACUAGGUUUGUUGGAGCUUGCAGUUGGGGUAAUUUCCAGUAUUGCCUAUAGAUGCUUUUAUUGAGUGGUCAUUUCUGAGGCUGUGUGUAAGGUUAACAUCUGAAUGCCUAUAACAUACAGUGCGUCAAUGCCUUAGCUGGACUUUAUGAAUGCAGUGUCAAACAGCACAUUCUCAAUAAAGAAUCUUUGCUUCUGA